AAACAUUAAUACUACAAUUACGAAUAAUAAUACUCUUUACAAUGACACACAAAAUAAUAACAAUAAUAAUACAACGUUAAAUGACCAUUUAUUACAAUUAGAUCGACGUUAUUGGUGUCUAUGCUUAAUGAUAUUUUCGAUAGCCACACUAUUUGGAAAUUCUCUAGUUGUACUCAGUGUGAUACGAGAACGUUCAUUGAGAAAUGCAACAAAUUGGUUUAUAGUCAGCUUAGCUAUUGCUGAUAUCAGUUUAGCUAUAUUGGUUAUGCCAUUGGCUACAUGGUUAGAGGUUGUCAAUGGUUAUUGGGUAUUUGGAACAGUUAUCUGUGAUAUAUUCAUUAUGUUCGAUGUAUUAUUUUGUACAGCAUCAAUUCUCAAUUUAGUGGCUAUCUGUCUAGAUAGAACAGACGAUGCCACAUUUUAUGAUUCUGCUUCCAUUCAUAGUUAA